UAUGGUCUCUUUCUCCGGCGUACUUACACGGCCGCAGGUCUCUCUCCGGCAACCGUCGACGUCGAUGAAGAAACAACCAUCCAUUACUGGGGACCUCGACCUGGUUCACGAUCAAAGGAAAAGCCAGCACUUGUUUUAAUCCAUGGUUUCGGUCCAAGCGGUGUAUUUCAAUGGCAGCAACAGAUUCGAUCGCUAUCUGCUCAAUUCGAUCUAUACGUUCCCGACCUCGUAUUCUUCGGCGGAUCAACAACCAAAUCAUCCGAAAGAUCCGAGAUUUUCCAAGCGGUUUCUCUUGGAAAGUUGUUUGAAAAAUUAGGCGUGAAGCGAUUUUGUGUUAUUGGAACGAGUUAUGGUGGUAUGGUGGCGUAUCAUAUGGCAUCGAUGUGGCCGGAAAGAGUAGAGAAAGUUGUGAUUGCGAGUUCUGGUGUGAAUAUGGUAAAGAAAGAUCAAGAGGAGUUGUUAGAAAGGGCAAAAGUCAAGGCGAUUGAGGAUCUAAUGCUGCCGAAGACGGCGGCGCAAUUACGAAACUUAUUUCGACUUGUGGUUUUCAAGAUUCCUCCGGUGUUACCAGAUUUCUUCCUCAACGAUAUACUUCACACAUUAUUUGCUGAAAACAGAGAAGAGAGGUUGGAAGUUCUGAAGAGUCUAACAAUUGGGCGUGAUGACAAGCCACAAGUUUCUUGUCUUCAACAGGAGGCCUUGAUUGUUUGGGGAGAGCAUGAUCAGAUAUUCCAAUUGAAGAAGGCUUCUGAGCUUAAGGAGCUUCUGGGAGAAAAGGUUCAAUUGGAAAUAUUGAAGAACACAUCUCAUGUGCCCCAGAUUGAGGAUCCAAGCCAAUUCAAUGCCGUUGUUAAGAAAUUCUUAUGUUAAAAUUCUACUUCCCUAAAACCAAUUUGCAUGUGGUAGUUAUCUAUGUAACAAUGGAACGAAGGUAAGACUUCUGAAAAUCACAAAAUAAAUGUAAUGUUUAAAUAUAAAUUGUUUAUUCCCACUGAGAGCUGGACGGUGCACUGUAAUGUUUACAAAACUGCUACACAUGCAGUCAUACACUGAUGUGUGUUAAUACAGAAUUUGGUAUUUGAUUGAA